AUGGACCUGUCCAAUGGCCCCCAAUCUUUGCAGGAUGGUGUUUGGAGUGAUAUAGCAGCACUCUUCAACAACAAAUACAUAGAGAAGAGCACAAAUACAUCCUCCAAACCCCCUGCAGCCUCUAAGCCUCAGCAGGGCAGCAGGUGCAGGGUGAGGGGUUGUUGGAGAUAUACACCAGCAUGCUCUAACAAUAAAUACAUGGAGGACAACACUGCUACAGGACUCUCCAUGACUGAAACAAAAGGAGUGUGCAGAAAUGGAGCCCCCUAUUGUGCAAUAACUAAUGGGGAGCCACACACAAGCAACUUGAACCAGAUCACAAGAGAGGAUCCUCUGUUCUGUGAAGCAUGCUCCAACACAAAAUUGGAGCUGCACACAAACCUUCAGCAGUUUCUCCACUCCAUCCAUGAACUCUCUAAAAGCUCAACACUUGCAGCAGCCCAUUGUGCAACCCCUGUCCUGCUGGCUCCUGGUUGUUGUGUAGCUGCAGAACACAUCACAACUACAACUACCAAAACAAAUACCAAAACAAUUACUAAGAGGCCUCCACAAGGACUAUGCAGAAAUGCAACUUCCUUCUGGUUUUUGUGUUUGUUUGGCUGUUUGUCUUUGGCUGAUUGUUUUUUCUUAGGGACAUCCACACUCUCUAACAUCAACACACCACAGCAAACACUCUACCAACUGGCAGCACACAAGGAACAUGGGUACAGCAGCCUGCAGAUCCCCUUGGUUGUGAGGUGCAGUCGUUUUGAUUUAUGCAGGUACCCCAGCUGCAGCUUCCUCCUUGAAGCUGCAUUGAGCCCCAAGAGCAGUCACCCCAGCAACAACUCCAUCCACCUGCAGCAGACAAGAAACAUAUACAAGUUUGUUUGUUUUGUUUUUCUGUACAGGUACUCCAAGAAGUCUAACCACCUCAUAACAAAGACCAACAAGCAGCCUAGGGAGACUGCAGCCAUCAGAACCUGCAGAUUGGCAGCCUUGGAUGCAUUCCAUCAACAGCUGCAACAGCUACACCAACUUGAAGCAGACAAGGAACAAAUACAAGCUAAUGGUUGUUGGAGAUACAGGCAACAGUGGAACCCAGAAGGAACUCCAACACCCUCAGAGACAACAUCCAAGAACCAACAACAAUAUCAUGAGUAGCUGUAGAAUGAUACACCUCCAUCAACUCCAUAUACAUACUGUGGAAACACAAAACCAAACAACUACUCAGCCACACACCAAACAACAACUCAACCACAGAGCUGAAGCUGAAAGUGCAGAAUUGAAAGAUGAAGUUCAACAGCAUCAGUAACAACAGAGGCCAAAACCAACACACCCACGUACAGCAACCUCCAGACUUGGUUGCUUGUGCAUGUUGCUGGUUUUGUCUGUCUGUGCAGGUGCACAGCUACACUUUCUUCCACAACAAAUCAAAGGCUGUUGGCUACUAUAGUUCCAUAUAUUUCCUAUCCUUUCAGCCUCCUUAGCUGGUAAUCAUGAUACUGAUACAAAGGCAUAUUUCACCUGGAUUUUCUUGGUACGACAAGACUAAAAAGAGCAAAGAUGAAAAGAAUUUCCCAUCCCAUGCGAGAUAGAAGUUUCGUAUACUUGUUCUUCUUCAAUGUAGCUAUGUCUGGUACGUAGCAUAGUUGGAAUAGGACUAGUGUAGGUUACUUUUCCUUUUUCUCAUGGAAGGGGAGAGUCUCCCUCAUUUAUGCUUUCAUAGUUGAAUUGUACCGGGAGGAGUCCUCUCACAGGUUUACUGCUUUCUAGUUAUAGUUAGUCUCUUUUUGUAUCGGGGAUGAGUUAGCCGACCUUAAUAGGUUAGCCGACUUAUGAACCACCAUAAGAUCGGAGGUAAGGUUUAU